AUGCACCACGUUGACAACUCUAGCAUCAGAGCUCACAACUGCUCUCUCUGUUCGUAUUCAGCCACUUCAGAAACAAACCUCAGACACCACGCCAAAAGAGAGCACCCAAACUUCCCUCCUCCCUUCAUCUGCCCUGAUUGUAACAAAACCUUUGUCUACUCCAGCGACUACCACAGACACUGUAUCAUCCACACAGACCAGAGGAACCAUGUGUGUCAAACCUGUCAGCUGACCUUCAACAGAAAGAGCAGCUUGACGGCACAUAUCAAGAGGAUCCAUGUCGGACAGGAGAGUGGUACCCCAGAUACAACAAACUGCUGUGGUGAGUGUGGCAAGACAUUCGGAACUAAGGGGGAUCUUCAGAGGCACAUCAGUGGGGUUCACAGGAACAAUAAACCGUAUUUUUGUGAUAAGUGUGAGUAUAGGUCAGAUAGAAAUAGUAAUCUGAUGAGACAUCUGCUAACUAAACAUGGGGUGGUGGAGAGGGGGGAGCUGGAGGUGGGUGAGGAGGAGGUGGAUGUGGUAAAGGUGGAUCAUGUGGUGAAGGUGGAUUGA